GUAUAUAAAGUGUGUGAGUGGAGCAUUACAGAUGCCAAAUCAGCCUUUUCCUCAGACCUCCUGCUCACUUUCUGUUGAGGAUAUAAAAUACAGCUGCCCUAUUGUUUACUGUUCAGGUCAUCAAUCUAGACUUGUUUGUCAGGGUGGAGCUACAGGCUUUGCAGUUUCCCUUUUCCCUCAUUCUGAGCUUAUUCUUUAGGAUAUGGGUGAACAAAAUAAAAUAUUAUCCCGUCCCAUUUUCCGCCGAGAUGUGAGUUGGGAUCCUUUCCCAAACUGGACACAGCCAAGUCGCAUCUUUGCGCAGGAUUUUGGCCUCCCUCCUUUCCUGGAGCCUAGUGAUCUGGACUGGAUAGACUGGGCAAAGAGGAGACUGGGAUCUUUCUCCUGGCCUGGGUACACACAAACUCCCCUUCUGCCUCCAUUCAGUGGUCAGCGCCCUGCAGCGUUAAACCAAAAGGGUCUGACACAACUGACAAGUGGAGUGUCAGAGAUCCGAACAGGACAGGACAGUUGGAAAAUUAACCUGGAUGUCAAUCACUUCUCGCCUGAGGAAAUUACAAUCACAACCAAGGAGGGUUAUUUGCAAAUAUCAGGAAAUCAUGAAGAACGGCAGGAUGAACAUGGAUCGGUUUCACGGUGCUUCACACGAAAAUACAAGCUGCCACCAGGGGUGGACUUGCAACACAUCAGUUCGUCGCUGUCUGGUGAUGGAGUUCUAUCCAUAGAGGCCCCGGCCCCUGGGAUAUCCGUCAGCGACCCUAUCAAUGAGAUUGUCAUACCUGUUCAGAUCAGACAGAAACAGGACGGGGAAAAGUGAAACCAGUAAGCAGAAUCUGAAACUUAAGAUGUAGCAACCUUUGUAACACUGGCAUAAAAAAGAAGUCUGUAGUCUGUAAUGACAAGCUUGUUCUCCUGCCAUGAGAUACUUUCUAAUACUGUUUAAUGCAUUGUCACAAGGGUAGUACCAUGUCACCAUUACUUUUGGUUUCAAAAUAAAAUGCAGACUCAUCAAUAUGACACAGAACUGACUCUGAAAAUAAGGAAUUACUUUUGUCAACACUUAUAAUUAGCACAACCUUGUAUUCUAAUAAUUUACCACACUUUUUCCAUGCACUUAUAAUGUCUUCAGUAUUUAAAAAAAAAUGUUAACAGCUGUAGUUUUGACCAUGCAUGACCUAAGGGAUUGUGAAGAUUAUGGCUGACAAUACUGGCCGAGGAUGGACAGUGCACUACAGGUUUAAUUGUACUUGAUAUCAACAAGUGACUAUAUAUGCCUAAACAGCUUAUUUACGUACUUAUUUUAAAAAAGGAAUGCACAUCAACUAGUGCUUCUGUGUAACAUGGUGACAGAAUAGAAAAACAACAGAUUUUUUAAUGUUAUUUUGAGGAAUACAAACACUGUAAAGGCUGUAGCUUUGAUUGUGUUUUGAAUAACCAGCCUAAUGAAGCUGUUCUGAUAUAAUGUAAUGUUCACAUAAAUGUAUUAAACAGCUUCUGCCACGUGAAUUAAAACAAAUGUGGUUUCUCUACA